AUGUCAAAGAACGACAGUAUACACGAGGAGGAGGCCGCGAUCGCAAACGAAGCAACUCACCUGCUACCGACGAACUCAGACUCCAGAGAUGGAGACAGUGAAACAGUAUCAACUAUAGGCGUUUGGGAUGGCCUGAAAGACUUUGAACAUCUGCCGUGGUGGCGUCGACCCUCGGUCUAUUGGCUGCUCGGUCCAUAUGUCAUCUUCACCCUUGCCUUUGGAGGUGUUUUGGUCCCGAAACUUGAACUGAUUCUUGAUCUUGUCUGUAAGCAGUAUUUUGCAGACCAGCAUAGCCAUAAUCCCGAUAAAGUCUUUGCUCCCAUCGUGCUCGGGACAAAUAACCCUCAGUGUAACAACCCAGAGGUUCAAGCCAACGCGGCAACUUUCAUGCUGGUCAUGAAUUUGUUCACAGGUGUACUGAGUGCUAUUGCCGCCCCCAAAAUUGGACACUUAUCAGACCGAUAUGGUCGAACACGACUCCUGGCUCUCGCUUCCGUGGGUGGAGUCUUGGGUGAAUUUGUCACCAUCCUCGUUGCUCGAUAUCCCGACACUGUUGACUAUCAUUGGCUGUUUCUAGGCAGUGUGUUUGAUGGCAUGACAGGAUCUUUCACUGCUGGAGGUAUCAUGACCCAGUCUUACGCAAGCGACUCAACCCCUCCUUCGAAGCGUGCUGCAGCUUUGGGUUAUAUGCAUGCUUGUUUGUUCACAGGAAUCGCAUUUGGCCCUCUUCUUUCCGGUUUCUUUGCCAAAUGGACAGGUAGUUUGCUAUCCGUGUUUUAUGUUGUCAUGGGAUGUCACAUCGCUUUUAUGCUAUUUGUCUUGCUCGUAAUUCCCGAGUCAUUGUCUAUGAGAAAGCAGCUGGCAGCCCGAGAGAAGCAUCAGAAGGAAAUGGAGAUGCGGCCACCAGUCUCCUCGUCUUGGAUUAGCGCUCUCCAAACCGCGAAUAUCUUUGCGCCCCUGAAAAUUCUCAGACCUACUGGUCCGGGAACUUCGCCUGCUCUUCGUCGCAAUUUAGUUACGCUUGCUAUGAACGACACAAUCAUCUUGGGAGCGGGAAUGUCCGCAGGUGCCGUCAUCGUUCUAUAUACUGGAGUCACAUUCGACUGGGGCAUAUUGGAAAAGUCUGAGUUUGUGUCUCUUAUAUCACUUGUUCGGGUUGUGGUACUUUUGGGUGUUUUCCCCGUUAUCAACUACUUUGGCCGCACUCGCCCAGCAGCUCGACGUCGCCGCGAGUCUGGCGUGGCUGCGGUCGAGAAGAACAACGGAGCUGAUAAACUGGAUCUCUUGGUUCUCAGAAGCGCUUUGAUGUCUGAUGUUCUCGGAGGCCUCGGAUACGUUUUCGCCCGCUCCUCGGGACUGUUCGUUGCAAGUGGUGUUGUGACCGCUAUUGGUGGUCUCGGCGGCGCAAUUGGCCAAGCCAUGAUCACCAAACACGUCCCCUCUGAAAGAGUUGGACAGCUGCUUGGAGCGAUUGGCAUGCUGCAGGCUUUGGCACGUGUGUUGGGACCAGUCUUGUUCAAUGGGCUGUACGCCUUAACGACUGGAUAUUUUGACCAGGCUAUUUUCGUCUUGUUAGUAAGCUUCUUUGGAUUCGCUCUAGUGAUGAGCUUCACCAUUAGACCCCACGUUGUAUGGGAAGAUGAGCCAGAGGAGGAACGGGAGCCUGCCAAUACCAUGGACGAGGCUUUCGGCGCUUCAAGCGGACAGCUUCCUCUUGAUGAGGAAGAUCAAGUUCGGGUCUUAUAA